AUGAAUAAUUGGUUUAAAUUAUUUCUAUUGACAAUUUUUUUUUCAAAUUCAACUAAUGCUUUUACAGAUUAUUUAUUGAAAAAAUGUAAUCAGGCUGGAUUUUGUCAAAGAAAUAGAUAUUACGCUAAUAAUAUACAAUCUUCACACAAUUCAUAUUAUCAUAUAGAUGAACAAUCAAUUCAUAUCAAUUCCAAUGAUUUCUCCCUAGGAGCUAAUAUUAUUAAGACAAUUCCAAGAGAUGAUAUUGAUGAUAUUACUAUAAUAUUACCAUUUAAAUUAUCUUUUCAAAAUGAUUGGCAAAGUGUAAGGUUUACCAUUGACGAAUCUAUUGACGGAAGAAAAGUCUCUGAAUUACCAUUAUUGAAUCAUUAUAGAUAUAAUGAAACUGGAUUAUGGUCAUUUAUGAAUCAUACAGAUUCUUUAAAUAAUACUCCUUUACUAUUUGAAAAAUUAGAAAAUAUUCAAUCUAAUUUAAAUAAAUUAAUUAAUUUUGUAUUUCAAACACCUGACUUACAAAAUAAUGUUAUUAAAAUUUAUAACCAAAUUAAUCAAUUAGAGAUACAUCUUUUCCUAGAUUCAUUCCAGAUUCAUAUCUUUCAAGGUAAUGAUUUAAUCCUUUCCAUUAAUGAUAGAUCAUUAUUCAAUUUUGAACAUCAUCGUUCUUUAGAAGAAAAUUUUCAAAAUGUUUUACCAGAGGAAUCAACUUUUAAUAUGUUUGCUGAUGAUUUUGAAUACUCUAAGAACGAUCAAAUUCCUUUUGGUCCAGAAUCAAUCGCUUUGGAUUUCACAUUCAAUGAAUUUAACUCUUUAUUUGGUAUCCCAGAACACGCUGAUUCUCUACGUCUUAAGGAUACUUCAAAUGAUGAACCAUAUAGAUUAUUUAAUGUCGACGUGUUUCAAUAUAAUUUAGAUUCAAAAAUGCCAAUGUAUGGUGCUAUCCCAUUAUUACUAACAGCAAAUAAAGAAAAAUCCGUAGGUGUCUUUUGGAACAAUCCAUCAGAUACUUGGGUAGAUAUACAUUAUACAGAUAAUAAUAAGAUAUCACAAUCACAUAUCAUGUCAGAAUCUGGGAUUAUCGAUGUAUUUGUAUUCAUUGGUAAGAAACCAUCUGAUAUUUCUGAUCAAUUCACUCAAUUGACUGGAAGACCAGUCUUACCCUUGCUAAGUUCUAUUGGAUAUCAUCAAUGUCGAUGGAAUUAUAAUGAUGAACUGGACGUACUAAAUGUUCAAGAAAAUAUGGAUAGAGAAGAUAUUCCAUUUGAUUUUAUUUGGUUGGAUUUAGAAUAUACAGACGAUAAAAAAUAUUUCACUUGGAAACCUGAUUCAUUUAAAAAUCCAGGUAAAAUGUUGAAAAAAUUAGCUAAAUAUGGUAGACAAUUAGCCAUUCUUAUCGAUCCACAUUUAAAGACAGAAUAUCAUGUAAGUGAAGAGGUUGAAAAAGAAAACGCUGGUGUACUAAAUGCUAACGGUGAUUUAUAUGUAGGUAGAUGUUGGCCUGGUGAUUCCAUUUGGAUUGAUACUAUGGGUAAGAUUGGCCAACGUAUAUGGGAAGGUUUAUUUAAAGUAUUUGUUACUGUUAAAUUACCAUUCUAUAUCGACAAUCUACAUAUUUGGAAUGAUAUGAAUGAGCCUUCAAUUUUCAAUGGUCCAGAAACUACUGCACCAAAAGAUCUGAUUCAUAAUGAUGGGUUCGAAGAAAGGUCUAUCCAUAAUGUCUAUGGAUUAACCGUGCACGAAACAACAUACAAUUCUAUGAAAGAUAUAUAUGCAACUUCAGAUAAACGACCAUUUAUUUUAACAAGGGCCUUUUUUGCUGGUUCUCAAAGAAGUGCUGCAACGUGGACAGGUGAUAAUAUAGCUAACUGGGAUUAUUUAACAUCAUCUAUUCCAAUGGUUUUAUCAAACAAUAUUGUAGGUAUGCCAUUUAUUGGUGCAGACAUUGCAGGGUUUGAUGGGAAUCCAACACCUGAACUAAUAGUCCGUUGGUAUCAAGCUGGCCUUUGGUAUCCCUUCUUUAGAGCACAUGCCCAUAUUGAUUCGAUUAGAAGAGAGCCAUAUUUAUUAGAUAAACCUGUAAGGGAUAACGUUCGAGACUCAAUUAGGUUAAGAUAUUCAUUAUUGCCAACAUUUUAUUCUGCAUUCCAUGAAGCUAGUGUUAAUGGUAAUGCAAUUAUGAAACCAAUGUUUUUCCAAUACCCUGAAUAUGAAGAAUUAUACAAUAUUGAUAAUCAAUUUUAUCUGGGAGACUAUGGUAUUCUUGUAAAACCGAUCACCUCCCCUGAAACUUUUACCACUCAAAUGACUUUCCCAAGAGGCAUAUUCUAUGAUCUAUUGACAUUCAGGGCUCUUGUUGUAGAUCAACUAAAGGAAAUCGAAAUCGAUGCUCCAAUCACAAAGAUCCCUGCAUUUAUUGAGGGUGGUCACAUUUUAUUCAAGAGAGACAUAUACAGAAGAUCAUCUAAGUUGAUGGAAAAUGAUCCUUACACGUUAGUGAUUGCACCUUCUUUGGAAAACGGUUCUGCAAGUGGCAAGCUUUAUGUCGAUGACGGUGAAACUUUUUCAUAUGAAAGUGGUGAGUAUUUGGAGACUGUUGUGUCGCUGGUGGGUUAUUCAAUUUUAAAGAAUGACGUUAUUCAUAGUCCCGAAAACGUUGAUUGUCUAGGUAACACAAUGAUUGAAAAGAUAGUGGUCGCAGUAGACAAAAAUAACAUGGAUAUUGGUGAUCACGUUACAAUUAAGGUAGGAUCCGAAACACGUAAAUUGAAUAUUGAACAUGUAGAAGGUGCAACAACCGUAGAGAUCAAGAGCCCUCAAGUUCACGUAUAUGAACAAUGGGAGAUAACAUUUUAA